UGUGUUGAGCCCUAGCAGGCCCAGUCAGCCUACUAGUUUCGAGUGACGCAGCUCAUCUGCUUGCUCACUCAGCUCGCCGAGCACAUCAUCCUGUGGCCCAGUGGCCAAUAUUCCCAGAGAUUGGCCAUGGCCAUGUCAUCUUCACCCCAUCAGAAAUGCUCCUGAAACCUUUUCAACCUCUCCGCGCCCGCUGGAGAUUUCGCCAUCUUCCCUCGCAAUCUUCCGGAAUCCAUGCGCAACUCGGUACUCCGACAAACAGCGAUCCCCUGCUUCCGUUGAUUCCGGCAACCCUCAGUCCCUCGGUAUCGAUGAAGAUCUAUCCGAGCUCCACGAAUCGUUUCGCAACGCGUCUCCGUGUCAAAAGCGGUCAGUUCAGGCUGCCCACCUCCACUCGCUUGCUUGCUCCUUGCAGAUCCCAGGAUAUGUCCCAACACAUGUGUCCUACCACAGCUGGACUUCAGCCACUCAUCUCGCUGCAACGGCCGGCUCACAGCCGCAAACCUGGCGACAUCGCGUGUCGGUAUGGCGGCAUUGGAGACGAAACGAGGCUUACACCCCCUUCAUGCCCUGUUUGCGCCCGUCUCUGGCCAGCGUGUCUUGAUCGGGUGCGUGUAGUAAUCUUGGCAAGCCACGGAUUCUGUGACUUCAAGAAGUCCAAACCCUACUCACCGCUCUGAAGCAACUUGUGUAUCUGAGGCGUUCCUCAUCCGUAGUCUCGUAGAUAGUGCAUGUGAGAUGUAGGAAGAAGUCCGCCAACGCA